AUGGCCCUUUUUGGAUUUGGAUCGGUGGAGGAGGUGCUUACGUACCUCACCGCCAUCAUGUGCGGUAUCUCCAUGCUGCUGCCCGUGAACGCUGUCUUCUCUGCGCCACUGUACAUUAUGCACUACUAUGAGUACGUGAUGCAAGACUCAACGGCAACCCCAGAGUACACCAACUUCUGGGACAACUCAAUGACGUACUACAUUCUUGUGUGCCUCGUCGUCUCUCUAGUUGUGGAGCCGUUGACACUUACCCCGAAGUUCCGCCAGAUUCCGCUGCAGGUGCGUAUGUUGUCUGCUCUGGGUUUCCUCUGGGUGGAGAUCAUCCUUCUGAUGGUGGUGCCGGCGGUGGGCUCAACGGAAAUCGGUGCCAUCACCACGCUUGUUGUUGCUGGCGCCAUUUCGGGAUCUGGUAAGUCCAUCUUCGAGUCGACGGCAUACGGCCUGUUCAGCGCGUUCCCGUCGCGCUACAUGGCUGCGCUGAUGGGUGGUGCUGGUGUGGCCGGUGCCUUGACGUCCCUCCUGCAGAUUACGGUGAAGGGGGCGCUUGAUGAGGACUACGAGGGCACCCGCACACAGUCGAAGAUCUUCUAUGGUCUGAUGGUGGGCAUCCAGGGCGUCACCUUUAUCAUGUUGGUCCUGCUGAACUGGAACUCGUACGCGUGCCAGUUCACCGGAAGCCUUAGCGGGAAGAAGGAUGAUACGAGGGAGUCCGACGACGCUGUGGACGUGGACGAUACCAGGGAUGCCGAGAACCCACACACAGGAGCGACGGAGCCCAACGCAGAAGAGGUGACAGAGGGAGAGAGGGAUCAGAGCCAGGUGGUGGUGACACCGCCCGCGUCAGAGGUUGCUAAGCCGUCGCAGAUGCUUUCGAAGACGGAUGUCUUUGGGGUGUUCAAGAUUGUGUACCCCAUGACCAUUGCGUGUGCCUUCAACUUCUUCAUCACUCUCAUGCUGUUCCCGACGGUGGUCGUUUCUGUGGACCCCGACGACUACUGGUACGGCACUAUUGCUGUCUUCAUCUUCAACGUUACUGACGUGUUUGGCCGAUUUGCCCCCAGCUUUGAGUUCAUGUGGCCCCCACGCUGGGCGGUGAUUGCCAGCUCCUUUGGCCGUGUAAUUUUCCUGCCACUGCUCCUGCUGGCAUCGUACCACUACAUCCCAGGGCACGCCUUCGGCUACGUGAUGAUGGUCCUCUUUGGUCUGUCAAACGGCUACAUUGGCGCGCUGACGCUUGUGCUGGGCCCACUGACAGAGGGAAUCACAACAAGUGGGCAGCGGUUCGUGGCGGGGACGAUGCUUGGAAUUUCCAUCCUUGUUGGUGGCGCGCUCGGUACGGCGCUGAGCAUCAUGAUCCAGUCCGUGCGCACAGACCAGUAA